GAGAGAGAGGGACAGAGACCGAGACGAGAGAGAGAGAGCAGCAAACUGAGCCCAGGACAGAGAAGAGGAAAUAACAUUCCCAUCCUGCCCUGCGCUCUGCCUCUCCGCCACAGGCCGCCGAGGUUUCUCGGGAAGCCAGCCUUGUUUUGAGCACUUUUCACAUUUUUUUAAUCUGCUCCCAGCACUGCCGUCCACCCCCCGGGGGGUCCAUGGAUGUGCGGACAGCUGGCCGAGGACGCGAGCGGCCUGCAGGAAAAUGAAUUCGGAGGAGACGCGGUGAACUUUUUUGCUGCGGAGUAACAACCUUCGAGGGCCGAGGAGGAGCUGAGGGUCUGGACCAAAGAGUGAUCGCGCCCCGAAAUUCUUUCAGAUGGAGGUGAAUGCAGACGAGAAGCACCAUCGCACACGAUCCAAAGGCGUCCGCGUGCCCGUGGAGCCUGCAAUACAGGAGCUUUUCAGCUGCCCAACGCCAGGCUGUGACGGAAGCGGACACGUCAGCGGCAAGUACGCCAGACACCGAAGUGUCUACGGCUGCCCUCUAGCCAAAAAGAGGAAAACACUGGAGAAGCAGUCCCAGGGACCCCCGUCCAAGAAGGGGCCCUUCCUGGCCCGCCUGGACAACUCCUCUAUGGACGAGUGCUACGAGAGUGACGGCACGGAGGAGAUGGAUGAGAAGGAAGAGGAAGAGGAGGAGGAGGAGGAGGACAUGGAGGAGGAGGAAGACGAGGAGGAGGUGGAGGAGGAGGAGGAGGAGGUAGAGGAAGUGGAGGAAGAGGAGUAUUCGGAGGACAACGAGGAACAUGGGGAACCGGAGGAAGGAGAGGUGGAGCAGGGUGAGGGAGAGGAGCUGCUGGAGCAGGAGGAGGGAGUGGAGGAGGAGGAAGGAGAUGAGGAAGAGGAGGUUGACGAGGAGGAGGAAGGAGAGGAGGAUGAGGAAGAGGAAGACUACGAAGAACAGGGUCAGGAGCAAGAGGACGAUCAGAUGAACGGCGGAUAUCCGAAGAUCGGGCAGGUGGCAGAGAAGGACGACAACAACAACACGGACGAGUACGAGAACUACGACGAGCUGGUGGCCAAGUCGUUGCUGAACCUGGGCAAGAUCGCCGAGGACGCGGCCUACCGCGCCAUGACGGAGUCCGAGAUGAACAGCAGCUCGUCUAACAGUGCCGAGGAGGAGGACGACGACGAGGAGAACACAAAGGCGGCGCGGAAGGGCGAGCUGAGCCUGGACGUGGACAGUGACGUCGUGCGGGAGACCGUGGACUCCCUUAAGCUACUGGCGCAGGGGCACGGUGCCGUGUUGUCGGAGAACCUCAAUGGACAGGGCUAUGUGGACGGCUGCACGGGCGAGGGCGGAGAUGGGGGCGGCGGUGGGGUCGGGGCCGCGCAGGGCAAGCUUGCCAGCAACGGCCAGGCAGAGGAGAACGAUGAGGAAGUGUGUCUUAGCAGCCUAGAGUGUCUGCGGAAUCAGUGCUUCGACCUGGCGCGCAAGCUCAGCGAGACACAGCCGGCAGAGCGCUCGAGCCACUUGCAGCUCUCGACCCCGGUGCAGUCGCUCCAGGAGCUGCAGAACCAGAUCGAGUCACAGCAUCACCAGCAGCCCAGCUAUGCCUCCUGCCAGCAGAGCCUGGGGGAUCGACGGGUGCUGGAGCGCAACUACUCGGACAUGGUGAACCUGAUGAAGCUGGAGGAGCAGCUAAGCCCCGGGUCCAAGGCCUUCUCCAGCUGCGCCCGAGAGGGUGGCUUCCACGAGCGCGAUGAAGACACCGCUUCUGUGGCUUCUGACCGUUCCGAGGAGGUGUUCGACAUGACUAAGGGCAACCUUUCCCUGCUGGAGAAGGCCAUAGCGCUGGAGUCGGAACGGGCCCGCGCAAUGCACGACAGGAUGGGCACGGACAUGUCCGGCCGGGACGCUCUGCGGCUGCAAGACGAGCACGGCUCCAGGCAGAGCUGUGCCGAGGAGAGCAAGUCACGUCUCCAAGACGCCAUGAAGAAGCCAUACUACCCGAAAGAUUCCUCGCGGGCGGAAAAGAAGGAGAGCAGGUGUCCGACGCCUGGCUGCGACGGGACGGGUCACGUGACUGGGUUGUACCCACAUCACCGCAGCCUGUCGGGGUGUCCGCACAAGGACAGGGUGCCUCCUGAAAUCCUCGCAAUGUAUGAGAAUGUUCUUAAGUGUCCCACACCCGGCUGCACGGGACGCGGUCAUGUCAAUAGCAACAGGAACUCGCACAGGAGCCUGUCCGGUUGUCCCAUCGCGGCCGCCGAGAAACUGGCCAAGGCGCAGGAGAAACACCAGUCCUGCGACGGAACCAAGUCCAACCAGGCGUCCGACCGUGUGUUGAGGCCCAUGUGUUUCGUGAAGCAGCUGGAAAUCCCACAGUAUGGCUACAAAAAUAACGUGUCGACCACCACGCCACGCUCCAACCUGGCCAAAGAGCUCGAGAAGUACUCUAAGACGAGCUUCGACUACAACAGCGGCUACGACAACCACCACAAUGUCUACGGGAAACGGGCCAUCGCGCCCAAGGUGCAGGGUCGGGACCCGUCCCCUAAGGGAUGCGAUGCCAAGCGCUACUGUAAGAACUCGAGUCCAGCCAGCAGCACCACCAGCAGCUACGCCCCCAGCAGCAGCAGCAGCAGCCUGAGCUGUGGGGGUGGCGGAGGCAGUAGUGCCAGCAGCACCUGCAGCAAGAGCAGCUUCGACUACACCCACGACAUGGAGGCCGCCCACAUGGCCGCCACUGCCAUCCUCAACCUGUCCACCCGCUGCCGUGAGAUGCCCCAGAGCCUCUCCGACAAACCGCAGGAGCUGUGCUCGCGGAACCCCGAUGCCGAGGUGGACGAGAACGGCACGUUGGACCUGAGCAUAAACAAGCAGCGUGGUAGCGGGCGCGAGAGCUGCGCUGUGCUCACGCCCCUAGAGCCCAUGUCACCCCAGCGACAGGCGCUGCUCAACAGCCGCUGCUACCAAAUGGGGGAGGCCGACUGCUGGGAGUUGCCGGUGGACUACACCAAAAUCAAGCGCAUCGACGAGGACGACCCCAAGGAGCCGGACGACAUGGACCCCUUCCAGGACAUCCUGGAGGAUCGGCAGUACCCAGGGGACGUCCGAGUGCCCAGCCCCAAACCGAAAUACGCCCCCUGCAAGGAGAGCAAAAAGGACCUGAUAACAUGUCCAACACCAGGGUGUGAUGGAAGUGGUCACGUGACCGGUAAUUACGCCUCACAUAGAAGUCUUUCUGGCUGUCCUUUAGCGGACAAAAGCAUUCGAAGUAUGAUGGCCACCAACUCGCAAGAGCUCAAGUGCCCGACGCCCGGCUGCGAUGGCUCGGGACACAUCACCGGCAAUUACGCAUCACACAGAAGCCUAUCAGGGUGUCCGCGAGCGAGGAAGAGUGGAAUAAAGAUUACGCACAGCAAAGAGGACAAAGAAGACCAGGAACCCAUCAGGUGUCCUGUCCCCGGCUGCGAUGGACAGGGUCAUGUCACGGGGAAGUACGCUUCCCAUAGGAGCGCAUCGGGAUGCCCCCUGGCGGCCAAGCGGCAGAAGGACGGCUACAUGAACGGUUCCCAGUUCACAUGGAAGUCGGGGAAGACGGACGGCAUGUCCUGUCCAACGCCGGGGUGUGAUGGGUCGGGUCACGUGAGCGGGAGUUUCCUCACUCACAGGAGUCUGUCGGGCUGUCCCCGCGCCACAUCGGCCAUGAAGAAGGCCAGGAUGUCUGGCGUGGAAAUGCUUACGAUAAAGCAACGGGCUAGCAAUGGAAUAGAAAACGAUGAAGAAAUAAAACAGCUGGAUGAAGAAAUCAAAGAUUUAAAUGAGUCUAAUUCACAAGUGGAAGCAGACAUGAUUAAACUUAGAACACAGAUUACCACAAUGGAGUCUAAUCUGAAGUCAAUAGAGGAAGAGAACAAGGUGAUUGAACAGCAAAACGAAUCUCUCCUGCAUGAGCUGGCCAACCUCAGCCAAUCACUGAUUAACAGUUUAGCUAAUAUCCAGCUCCCACAUAUGAAACCAUCGCCCCACAAAGAAGCGCCCAUUAGAAAUAACAGCUGUUUACACCAGAGAGAGCCGAUAAGCGAGCAAAACUUUGACGCUUACGUGACGACGUUGACAGACAUGUACACAAACCAAGAGCAGUACCAGAGCCCGGAGAACAAGGCUCUGCUCGAGAACAUAAAGCAGGCUGUGCAAGGAAUCCAGGUGUAGCCACCGGGGCCGCCGGAGAAACUGCUGCUCGGGCACGAGCAAAACAAACAGCAUCGCCGACGACCGACAAACAAAGAAACAAAAACUAAGAAAAAAAAAAAAGGGAUGUCUGGUGGUUUGCUGCUGUAAUUUAUCAGACAGUGUUCAAAAGGUGUAAUUUCUGUUUAAAGAAAAAAAAAGUGUUAUGCUUACAAA